AUGUCUCAACCAGCCCCUAGACGUCGUGGUCGACCCAGGAAGACAGAAUCUGAAGAAGCGCGGGUCGCUCGGGAGCGUGCUCUGCAGCGCGUACGAUCACAACGAUACUACGAACGAAAACAUCAGCAAGCCGUGCAGCCCUCUCUCCCGCCCGCCGAACUGCACCAAACAGAAUUCGUGCAUUACCACCAUACGUUGUCUCGGCAGUCACCAGCUGCAUCGUCAACGGACCCGAGUACCGGCUUCCACCUGGAGUCGCAACUCCACAUUCCCAUACCAGAUGAAGAUCCACUGCCGGUCGAGUCUACUUUGAUCGAUCACGAACCAAGCGGCGUAGAGGUGGAUUCAGCUGAAGGACCGUGUGAUCUACCAUCUGUGGAGGAUGAUGAUCCACAUACGGGUAAUGCAACGCCCCAGUCUCGCCAAGUUAUAGAAGAACAAACGACUCAUUUCAGCCUGGGCACGCAAUCUAUCCCUCAUUCAGCUUCUCUUCACCAUAUUGAUGACGUCGCCGAUGGCCAUGAUGUUGAGGAUAGAUCCUAUGGCAUCCCCGAAUUUACCAAUCACCGCCCUCAAAAUCCGCCGCCUUCAGAGAACCCAAUCCCGAGGCUCGAGAAACAUCUUGCUCAGGAGUGGAUGAUGCAUCCAAGCUGUUCAAGAGAAGAACAUGAUGCAGACCACGGGAAGUUAAUCGAGACUGCUUGCCACCGUUCUUGUGACUCACUAGAAGAUGUUAUCGCUCGGCUCGAUGGAUUGAUGAAUGAUGAUCAUAGCCAUGACCCCCUACCGCAUGUCACUGAACCCACUUCUGAUAUUCUCGAUCAUGCUUCUUCGGCGGACGAUCCUUGCAGUAAUAACCUGCCUCACAAUUCUAAUUCACAAGAGCACACAAGCUCGCGUCAACGUGAUUACAGGGCAGCUUGCCAAAUCGCUCUUGAAGGAUCUCUAUGCGGUGGCGUACCACCGAGUCUUUGCUUGGAAGCCAAACAUCGCCUUGCACAGCCUUUUACAGAUAACUUCAUCCGAAAAACGUACGACGUCGACAGCAUAUGUAGUUUCCCCUCGUCCUUGGCUGUCGCCAGGUUGGGUAUUCAGUGGUACCCGCAACCACAUGUUAUCUUCAACCUCACGGAUGACGUUCACAUCAGCCUCGACAUCCCUACCGAAGGCUUUCAUCGCAACAAUCUUCAGCCGCGAGGGAGUUGCCAGCAACGACGUCUAUUACAUCAUAUCCCAAACUAUUGCUUUGGACGGGUUCAGGGCUUGAUAGAUACAUUCAUCUGGGUGUUCUUCCCUGCUUUGUGCCAUCGCCACAUACAUGAUAACUCCUAUAAGCGGACUUCAAUUCCCAAGGAGCAAUACACAUUAUGGUAUGAUAAGGUCCUAUUGCCAGCGGUUGUAGCAGCAGUUCAAGAUCCAAGCAUACUCCAGUACAUUCCCCCAAGCCGCCGAGUCGCUCAAUCUACGUCACGCGCUCGACAGGAGGGUAUCUCCACUGAGUGUCUUACAGGUGCAAAUGCGAGUAUGGAUGUGCUUGGUCAAGGCACAAGGAGCAACGCACUCUCAUACUCACUUCAACACAGACACCUUGGGGCGAUAUGGCAGGAAAUUCAAUCGCGAAUAAUAGCAUUUCCACAAUUCGCUGGCGUAAGACUAUACAUGGGGGCGAAGAACCUGAAGCUUGCAUACAUGCACUUGGAUAUCGCUCAGACCCUCAGUGAUUUUGACAAUCAAUGGAAUGCCGCUGUUGACAAGAAAUUCCUCGAUCCAGACUGUACAUUUAUCGACAUUGGUCGUCAAUAUACCCCUCAAAUUGGGUCUGCUGCUGAGUCUAAUGUCCUUAUUUGGCGCCGCUGCUGUCUGAGACGACUAUGGCGGCAGCGACAAGCAUGGAGUCGUCAGUACAACACGGCGAAGCCUGACGAACAUAACCACUCACAGUCUUUUGAGCCACGUCAAUGUGGCGUCUCAACCCUUCGUCAAGCUGAGUACCCGUUCGUCACCACGCGCGACGCGGCCGACAUGACAAUCACACCCACCCACAAUAGCCGUGAGGCUCGUGAAGGUCUCCUCUAUAGCCAGUUUUAUAACCUCGUCAAGAUUCCUUUUGAUGCCGCCAAACAGUACCCGUUUCAGAACCCCCAGCUCGAAAAGAUGGCUCUGGAUCCUUCCUACCUCGCUGAUUGUGAAAAGUCUACCCGUGGAAGUCAUGCAAAUCAAGCUUCUCUCAAGCUCGCUUAUCGAUUAAGCAAACUUCGGGUUCGAGCUGCCUUGAUUCCAAAUGGUGAAGACGAGAUCCCAGUUCCGUUCGCAUAUGGCGUUCGAGCUGAGGAUCGCCUCUCUUGGGCGCUUCUACAACGUAUACUCCCUCACUUGGCCCCCUCGCAGACAGCCGUCUCGGCUGUCCAUGAAGAGGUUACGCCCGACCUGGAGCCACCUUUUUUCGCCAUACAGUCAAGAACCAUGGCACGCUUCCUACAUAGCCAUAUCAAUAGGUAUUGUUUCCUCUUCGAGCACAUCAAGUCUCAGACUGGACCCAGUUACUCAUUACCAGAGACUGCUGUUAUGGCAAUGGCGCUCCGUAGCCUCCGUUUCAGCAUGUCUGGUAUCAUCGCAAAGGAACCAUUGUUGUGGAGAGAUCGAUGGAGACAGGGCCGCAGUACUACACCACAAAACGAUCAGCAGCAGGGUGACGAAGUAGAGCUAGAAGGUCUAGGCUUGUACAAAUCUUCAAGGGACUAUGGGCUAGGCUGGUGGCUCCCAGGUAAAUUUGAUUGGGAUAAAUGGCGCUUCAAAAAUGAUGUUGGCGAUCGAAUUAUUGCGAACCACCAUAUCAUACAACGCGAUUAUGGUCGUCAAUGGAGGGUUAUUCAGGACAUUCGUGAUGUCCAUGCACGCAUGUGGCAGGCCUAUAAGUGGGCUCAGCAUUACUCAGUUCGAGAACGGCCAGUCAAUCGGGGCAUCUGGCUUGAGUACCUGUACAGUACUGUGAUCGAGCUCUUCCAAUGCGACGUCUGGUCCGAAGCCGUCAAGAGCCUCGACUGGACGACAGGUUCUGACCUCAACGAGAAGGCGGCCACUGAAUUCUCUAAAUCUGACCCCCCAGAUUAUUGCUACGAUGUUCUACAAGACUUGUUCCACGAUCGACGCCGGAGUAUCAGUCACACUCGACCAUAUCUUCUGACGGGUAACAAGGUUCGUUCACUGGAUAUCUGGGACCUUGUAUGUGACCUCUUGGGAUUUGAUCUCCAUGAAGGACGACUUGAACCACGAAAAUACCAUAAAAUCACUCCUUAUCGUAUUGCUGUGCGGCGCAGUUUUGAGGUCAUAAGUGAAGUCCUAGGGUGCGCAGAAGCGUCUCGUUGGUUCAUGAAGCUUGGUCGGCUCCUUUUACUGACACAUUGGAUACUGCCUUGGCCAUCCACUACAAAUAUCAUUUCUACCACAAAGGAGAGCCGCAAGAAAGGCCUUAAACGGAGACUGAUCUGGGUCUCUAUUGUUUACGCCACUCCCGAUCUAUUACGUCUGUACAGCUGUCGUUCUACCGUACCUAUUUGUCCUAUGGAGGACAGGGAACGCCAGAUCACAAUAAGAGACAAGCUCUGUGAAACCAUGAUCACAACAUCAGCCAGGCGCUUCGGAACGUCUGGAUGGACACCCGAGUCCGACCCGUUGGACAGACGUUUUCACUGGACCCCUGAUGAUCUUCUUCAAUGUACCGCUACUACACUUUUUGUUGAUGCUUUCAACAUUGGUCGAGCUGUUGAGCCCUGUAGCAAUGGGAAGAUCUACCCCCUUGCUGAACGGGGCCGACCACCGAUAUUGAGGCUAGUGAAACGUAUACGUAAUAGCACACUUGAGGAGUUAGAUCAGUUAUUUAGCGAACUCAUCAGGAUCGUACAGACCGAGUCCAUGGACAAACAAGCUGGGAACAGCUCUAUGCCGUUAGGUUGCACGAUCCCCUGCUUAAGUCAGUCUUCCACUGGCUCUAACAACCGGAUGACACGGCAUGGAUUCAGCCAUCAGAAGUCUGCCCUUAACUGUGACCAAACAGCAGACGAGGACACAAUAGAAUCUAAAUCUGUCGAGAGGGAGAGCGAGAGCGUAAAGAGCAAUACAAGUGAUAGCGACUCUGCCGAUUCAAGCGGGUCAUGGAAACCUCCCAUACGUCUAAAGCGCGCGCUUAGAUCCCAAAAAAUUCGCCUCCACAAUGUCCCCAACUACUGCCUUGGACGUGUCAUUGGCCUUGCGGAUACGUUCAUCUGGGCCUUCUUCCCUGCCCUUUUCUCCGGCAAGCUCUCCGAUCCUUACAGCCAGACCUGUAUUCCCAAAAAGAACUUCGUGCACUGGUACGAGGAGGUGAUGCUGCCCGCCAUACAAGCUGUUGUCGAUGACAAUAACAUACUCCAGUAUAUCCCAAAGACACAUGCCAUCGCGUCUUCGGACUGCAGUGCGCCCCGGGAAGCGUUAGUAGCUCUGGCGGUGGCGGAGGAAGAUGAGGCCGAUAUGGAAGAAGAACUGGAUGGGUUUACCGGAGCGAAAAGACGAGACGGUCCGGCCGCACAGCCGGGGUCACGACGCAAGCACUUCUACGUCACGCUUCAGUCCCGCUACCUCGCAGCUUUAUGGGAGGAGAUACAUUCCAGGGCUGCUCUCUGGCCUGAAUAUGCAGGGUUGCGACUCUACAUGGCUGCUAAGAACACCAAACUGACAUGGAUGCGGCCCACGUUCGAGUCGGCACUCGCGGAGUGGCAGCACCACUGGAAUUCUGCGGUUGACGAGGCGUACAUUGAUCCGGAUGUCACUUACAUUGACAUCGGCCGCCAGAUGACGCCGGCCGAUACAGGACCACAUGGACGCGUACUUAUCUGGCGCCGUUGCUGCAUGGAUAGGCUCUGGCGUCGCCGGCUACAGUGGAGCCGGAUCCAAAAUCGGCUGUAUCAUCGUGAGGAAGACGCUUGCAAGGACGAAUCGGGCAAACGUCAGGCUCCGCCAAUCCGCAGGACGACCUAUCCGUUUGUCACUCUUCGCGAUGCGAGAGACAUGACCAUCACUCCUAGUUCAUCAAGCUGGGAGCUUCGAAACGGUCUCGUGUAUAGCCAGUUCUACAACCUCAUCAAAGUUCCCUUCGAUGCAGCUAAGCAGUACCCGUUCCAGAACCGCCACACCGAGAGCAUGGCGCUAGACCCAUCGUAUCUCAGAGAUCAACGUAACUCCACACGAGGGCACAUGCCCACCAGUCCCGAGUACAAUGUGCCUACCGUCUGA